AUGGCGCUCUCUCAAACCAUUGACACCCCAGUGCUCUCUUACGAGCAGCCUUUAGGACUGUUCAUUAACAAUGAAUUUGUGAAAGGUGUGGAAGGCAAAACCUUUGAGACAAUCAACCCUCACGACGAGAAGCCAAUUGUGGCCGUACACGAAGGCACAGCACAGGAUGUUGACAUUGCUGUAAAGGCUGCCCGCACUGCACUGAAUGGAGAGUGGAAAAAGGUCACUCCGUCUGAGCGUGGCCGUCUCCUUACUCGUCUAGCAGACUUCCUAGAGCGCGACAUCGACACAUUGGCCGCUAUUGAAGCUCUUGACAAUGGUAAAGGAGUGACGAUGGCCAGAGGUGAUGUUACCGCCUCUGCGGGGUGCUUGCGGUACUAUGGUGGCUGGGCCGACAAAAUUUACGGCCAAACAAUUGACACCGAUCCUAAUAGUCUGACCUAUACGCGCCACGAACCGGUCGGCGUUUGUGGUCAAAUUAUUCCGUGGAAUUUCCCACUCAUGAUGUUUGCCUGGAAGAUUGGCCCUGCUCUGGCCACGGGAAAUACAGUCGUUAUGAAAACGGCCGAACAAACACCCCUUUCGGGGCUCUAUGUGGCUAAGCUUAUCAAAGAAGCUGGAUUCCCCCUGGAGUGGUGA